AUGUCGAAAGCUACUUUUGCCAUAAUCGCAGCUGUGAGCGCAGGAACCCGUACCUCUCCCCCUCCUGCCGUCCCCGUCCCAGCCUCCCAGGUAUUUGUACCACAGCCCACCACAGCUACGCAGGCAGCGGCCCUCACAGCACCCGUCAACCCUGCUGGGCUUUUUGAAUAUGGCUUUCCCGGCCCUGUCUCCGACCUGGCCGCCCGCUCCGCCCUUGUCUCCUCCUACGACCGGCGCCUGCGCAACCCCCACUGGGUUGUUGAGCACAUCACCCCUGCCUCCCUCGCCCAGCGCGAGGGCGACCGCAAGCACAGCAACUUUGCCGAGGACAGCUCCGUGCCCGAAAAGUUCCGUGCCAAGCUGAAAGACUACUUCCGGUCAGGCUACGACAGGGGCCAUCAGGUGCCCGCCGCCGACUGCAAGUGGAGCCAGCAGGCCAUGGAUGACACCUUCUACCUGUCCAACAUGUGCCCUCAGGUCGGCGACGGCUUCAACAGGGACUACUGGGCCCACUUUGAGGACUUCUGCCGCCGCCUGACCGACCGCUACCCGAGCGUGCGCAUCGUUACUGGUCCCCUCUAUCUACCCAAGCGCGAUCCGGCGGACGGGAAGUGGUACACAAAGUACGAGAUGAUUGGCAACCCGCCGAGCGUCGCUGUGCCCACACACUUCUAUAAGGUCAUCUUUGCCGAGGACGGAAAGGUCGGCGGCAAUGUCGCCCUGGGCGCCUUUGUGCUGCCCAACACCGUCAUCCCUAACAACAAGCCCAUCACCGACUUCGAGGUGCCCCUCGAGGCCGUCGAGCGCGCCAGUGGCCUGGAGUUUGCAGAGAAGCUGCCUGCUGCAAGGAGGCGGAGGUUGUGUGCCGACUACACGUGCGCGCUGGUGAUCAAGGAGUAUGCGGAGCGGCAGAAGGCUUUUGGAAAGGAGCCCGCGAAGCCGGUCCCUGUCCCGCAGAGGUGAAAAACCAAGGGACAAAAGAAGGAUAGAAUGGCGACGGGUGUGGGAGGUCAUAUGAUGUGUGCAAAGGAGCGGGACGUGUCACCCAGUUUGGGAUCUCGUGCUGCCCACUUCCACACACACACACACACACAGACACACACACCUCUCUCUUUUGGAAUGAAUGACAGGAUUUUUUUGCCUGGAAUCCUCUCUAUUCACUCCUCAAUGUAUCUUGCUCUUUUUUAUGGGAACAAUUACCAAAGCAAAACAACAAAUGAUGCGAAGGACGGUGAGGCGGACUGAAGCUUUUGUAGCAUAUCACCAUAGCAUUUCUGGAGAAAGGGAGGAACGGGCACCGAGCCCGAAAAUCAUGGUACGGGCGCAGCGUGUGUGCAUUCUUGAGUUGAUUGCCUUGACAUUCAGCAUGGCACUAGACAGAUCGACAAACCCAAUAACAGUCAAACAUACUUAUAC